AUGAGCCCGGGCCCCGAGCGCAUCCCCGGGCAGGGCGGCCUGCUGGCCCUGACGCUGCUGCUGGCCCUGCUGGCCUGCGGCCUCUCGGCGCUGACCUGCGCGCGCCUGGCUGCGCUGCAAAUGGAGCUGGGCGGCCUCCGGGCGCAGCUGCGGGCAACCCGGGACACCCCGGAUCCCGCGGCUCCCUGGGCCCUGGAAGGGCUCCCGGCACCCCCAGAUGCGGGGAGAAGCAGCUCCAGGCACGGCGGCAGGAGUAAACGUACUGUGGCUCAGGGUGAGAAGGAAACAGUCACUCAAGAUUGUUUGCAACUGAUCGCAGAUGGCGACAUGCCUAUUAUACAGAAAGGCGAGUACACCUUCGUCCCCUGGGCUCUCAGCUUCAAGCGAGGCCAAGCCUUAGAAGAGAGGGAGAACAAGAUCGUGGUCAAAGAGGCGGGCUACUUCUUCAUCUACAGCCAGGUCUUGUACACCGGCAGCACCUUCGCCAUGGGCCACCUGAUUCAGAGGAAGAAAGUCCACGUGUUCGGGGAUGAGCUGAACCUGGUGACUCUGUUCCGGUGCAUCCAGAACAUGCCCGCCACGUUGCCCAAUAACUCCUGCUACUCGGCCGGUAUCGCCAGGCUGGAAGUAGGUGACGAGCUUCAACUCAGCAUCCCACGCAAGAAUGCCAGUUUCUCCCGAGACGGGGACGGCACCUUCUUUGGGGCACUGAAGCUCCUGUGACCCACAGUCCUGGCGUGGGGCUCUUCCCUUCCGUCUUUCCCUCUGUACCUCCAGUGAGAAACGUGGGGGCUGAAAAUGCCAAAAAGAUUCAACACACACACACAAACACACACAUGAACUCACCAUGGGGCCUUCCUUGUCUGCCAGCUUCUUCGUUUUGCUUUGGCUGUACCCAGACCCAGCAGGAAAUCUGGCCACAGCCGAGCCUUGUCAUAUGAAUGCUGAGAAGGCCAGCCCAUGCCAGGAAAGGUCAAAGGGGAAAAA